UGUCUUCUACAUUGUACUCAGAAGGAUUCUGCCUUCCUGGCAAAUACAUGAUUUCUUGAUCUCUGCCUGCGGAGUCCAAUAAUACAGUCCAUGUAAAUGUGAGAUCUGCACAUUAAGUGGCAUUUCGGAAAUGUCGUAGGCUGAAUAAUACACAGUAAAACUGACUGAUAUGCUCUGAAAUGGAUUUGCAAGGAUUAAUGAACAGCAUUCCCAUUCAGGAACUUACAAAAAGCUAGAGUGACCGGCGCUGCAGCUUUUGAUCGCUUUGCUGCGGGAGCUACGCAGAGGACGAGCUACAAUCAAAAGCGGGCCGAGACCGAGAGAGGACUUCCCGCGGCUGCUGCUGCUGCUGUUGCGAGCCCGAGCCAACCUGCUCGCCGCCCAGCCAUUGACCGGCGCUGCAGCUUUUGAUCGCUUUGCUGCGGGAGCUACGCAGAGGACGAGCUACAAUCAAAAGCGGGCCGAGACCGAGAGAGGACUUCCCGCGGCUGCUGCUGCUGCUGUCGUUGCGAGCCGAGCCCGACUGGGACCUGCUAGCCGCAUAGCCAUGCUCCUCUGCAGAAUGUCAAGCAAGGAUCGACACAUUGAUUCUAGCUGUUCGUCAUAUAUCAAGACGGAACCAUCAAGCCCCGCCUCCUUGACGGACAGCAUCAAUCACCACAGCCCUGGUGGCUCCUCAGACGCCAGUGGGAGCUACAGUUCAACCAUGAAUGGACAUCAGAAUGGGCUAGAUUCACCACCACUCUACCCUUCUGCCCCUGGUCUUGGCGGUAACGGGCCUGUCAGGAAACGAUAUGACGACUGCUCCAGUACCAUCGCUGAAGAUUCACAAACCAAGUGUGAAUACAUGCUGAACUCAAUGCCCAAAAGACUGUGUUUGGUGUGUGGUGACAUUGCAUCAGGGUACCACUAUGGGGUGGCUUCAUGUGAGGCCUGCAAGGCUUUCUUCAAGAGGACAAUUCAAGGUAACAUAGAAUACAGCUGCCCAGCAACAAAUGAAUGUGAAAUUACAAAGCGCAGACGCAAGUCCUGCCAAGCCUGUCGCUUUAUGAAGUGUCUAAAAGUCGGCAUGCUGAAAGAAGGAGUGCGCCUAGACAGAGUACGUGGAGGUCGCCAGAAGUACAAGCGCAGAAUAGAUGCAGAGAAUAGUCCAUACCUGAAUCCUCAACUAGUUCAGCCUGCCAAAAAGCCAUAUAACAAGAUUGUCUCCCAUUUGCUCGUGGCUGAACCAGAGAAGAUCUACGCCAUGCCUGACCCCACUGUGCCAGACAGUGACAUCAAGGCCCUCACCACUCUUUGUGACUUGGCAGACAGAGAACUGGUGGUCAUCAUUGGGUGGGCUAAACAUAUUCCAGGAUUUUCCACUUUAUCGCUUGCUGACCAGAUGAGCCUUCUGCAGAGUGCUUGGAUGGAGAUUUUGAUUCUGGGCGUUGUAUACCGAUCACUUUCUUUUGAGGAUGAGCUUGUCUAUGCUGAAGAUUAUAUUAUGGAUGAAGAUCAGUCCAAAUUAGCAGGCCUUCUUGACCUCAACAAUGCCAUCCUGCAACUGGUAAAAAAAUACAAGAGCAUGAAGCUGGAGAAGGAAGAGUUUGUCACCCUCAAAGCUAUCGCGCUUGCUAAUUCAGAUUCCAUGCACAUAGAAGAUGUCGAAGCAGUUCAGAAACUUCAAGAUGUUUUACACGAGGCACUGCAGGAUUAUGAGGCCGGGCAGCAUAUGGAAGACCCACGCCGGGCUGGCAAGAUGCUGAUGACUCUGCCGCUGCUGAGGCAAACCUCCACUAAGGCUGUGCAGCAUUUCUACAACAUCAAACUGGAAGGCAAAGUCCCCAUGCACAAACUUUUUUUGGAAAUGCUGGAGGCCAAGGUCUGACUAAAGCAUCCUCGGUCUUCCAGUCAUGCACGCUGAGAUUUUAAUGAAAGGGAAAAUAAAACAAGAACACCAUGGGCAAAAGAAACUUUAGUGUUUAAGGAAACUAAAAUGACUGCACUGAUAUUUAGCAGCAAGACUGAGAAGCAGCUUUCACCUCUUUAUAUUCUGUGUCUUAUCUGAUGCAGCUUUCCUUCUUUAUGUCUCUUUUACUGUUCUUUUUUCUUUUUUCUUUAUCCGCCCCCCUUGCUGCUGAAUCUUCUAAAAAGAGGUCUCUAAGAGAAGAGAGAUGGAAGCCAGGCCUGCCAAAGGAUGGAAAUCCAUAAUAUGGAUGCCAGUGAACUUACUAUGAACCACAAUACCCCAAUAACAAAGGAAUCAAAAGAGAACCAUGGUACCUAGUAGUACAGUACAACAUGAUGAACUGACUGAAUGCAGUAUUAGGUUUCACAAGAGCAGCCUCUAAUUAGACGACUUCGAUGACGACGAGUUGGCUGCUUCUUAUCAUUGCAUUUUCCAUCUAGAUCAGUUACAGCCAUUUGAUUCCUUAAUUGUUUUUUCAAGUCUUCCAGAUAUUUCUUAGGUUAGCUACGAUGUAACUUUUUCAGGGAAUAGUUUGAGCUUUAUUCAUUCAUGCAAUACUAAAGAGGAAAGAUAAAUAAAUACUGCAUUUUUUUGUGCUGGCUUGAACAAUGAUGAACAUUAAUGAAGGACAAAUGAAUCCUGAAGGAAGAUUUUUUUAAACAAACUGUUUUGGUUCUUCUUACUAAUGGGAGAUUUUUUUCUACCAGCUUUACCACUUUUCAGCCAUUUGUUAACAUGGGAAUUUAUCUUACUCAAGCAAUAGUUGAAGGGAAGGUGCAUAUUAUCACGGAUGCAAUUUAUGUUGUGUGCCAGUCUGGUCCAAGACAUCCCGUUUCUUUGCAUGAGCUCCAAUUUGUACCUAAGUGUUCACUGAAACAAAGGAGUAGAUUACACCUACAGUAUAUCUGAGUAGUCUAACAAACAAAGAUGCCAUGUCAAAUAGAAAUCUAAAAAGAUGUUAGUAAAGUACUUCCAUAUGGCCAAGGUACAGUUGCCACAUGAUAUUGUGUGUUAAUUUAAGAAUAUGGCCUGUCAUUUCCCAAACUGCUGACUUCAUACGGAAAGUCUAGUCCACCUCAACUAGCAAUAAGGCAAAAUCAUAUAUCAGAAUAGUCAGCCUCUGACCAAAUUCAAUAACUUAGCACUUGUACACAUUAUUUAUUAAUUUAUAAAACUUUUAUUUUGGAUAGAUCGCCAUUUUUAAGCCAACAGCCUAACCAGUAUAUCUGCUUUUUCAACCAGUGUUGUCACGGUGUGAAAGUCGGUCAGUUUCAAGACUGUUAAGAGGUGUAAUCUAAUGUAUAAACCAAUUAGAUGCCCCCAGAAAAUUACAGUCGCUAAUUAACCAAUAAACAAUAACCUCCAUCAAAUGCUUUACCAAUGUACCAGUGUUAGUAGCUGCUCCCUGUACUAUGUGAACAACCUUAUUCUAUGUACACAAAUGUAAUUAAAAUUGUAAUCCUAACAAACAAAAGAAAUGUAGUUCAGCUUUUCAAUGUUUCAUGUUUGCUGUGCUUUUGGAAUUUUUUAUGUUGCAUUCAAAGACUGUUGUCUUGUUCUUCUUGUGGUGCUUGGAUUCUUGUGGUGUGUGCUUAUAGACACAGGGUAGAAUUAGAGACAAUAUUGGAUGUAAAAUUCCUCAGGAGACUACAGUAGUAUAUUCUAUUCCUUCUGGUAAUAAGGUUCUUCCUAGUAAUAAUUAAGAGAUUGGGGGGGGGGGGAAUCCAACCAAGUAUUCAUUAUGGACAGAUACACACUGAAAUAAUAAUAUUUUCAAAACAAGGGAUAAUUUCUGUAACAGUUUAUUAUAGAAUACCUAUGUAUAGCUUAGAAAUAAAACUUUGAAUAUUUCAAGAUUAUAGAUAAGUCUAAUUUUUAAAUGCUGUAAAUAUAGCUUUCACCCAGUCAUCUAUCAGAUGUUGUUAUUAACUUGCUCUGUGUUGUUGCAAAACUUUUUUUUAAAUGCAGACACGUUUCCAAAAUUAUUGCUACUUUGUGUGCUUUAAACAAAAAACAGCAGGUUGAUAGUACAUCAACCUUGUGAUAGAAAUACUGUGUAUCUCUCAUUAUCUAUAUGGGAUUCUCUUGUAGAUUGUGUUUUCUCAGUAGAGAAGUGACUGUCAUGUGAUCCUAGAUAAAUCAUCAUUAGCAAUUCAUUCAGUUGGCCAAUAACUUGAAAUUAAUAGUGUGAUAGGAGUUUGGAAAUUGGCACGUCCCUUUUGAAAAAUGACAAAACCUUACAACUCCUGGGGGGCGGAAAUGGUGCUGAUUCUAUAAAAUUAUUUAUAUAUCUAAGAGUGCAGAAAAAUUAUUUUCCAGAAAAUUUGUGCAGGGUUUAAGUUGCUACUGUUCAACUACACUAUAUAUGUAUAUAUAAAUAAAUAUCUAAUAUAAAUAUUGUUUUUGCUUAUCACAUUGAAGAACUUGGGUUUUCAGGGUCAAUAGCCAAUCAACACACUCAGAACAGACAAUUAAAAAAUAACAAAGACUUAAGAAAGAUGGAUAUGUGUUAAAGGAACACACAGUGCAAUUUUUACUUUUGGUUUUCAGUACUUUUUCAGAGCUGCAAUGAACAAAUAUCUCAUGGCUGUACAAAUGUUAACUGAAACAUAGAUACACUGCACAGGCGUUCAAAUAACAUUCAUCUUAAACCUUGCUGAAAGAAAUUUUCACAAUCACUUAUUUAAUAUGAAGUACUGGGGGAAGAUUUCAAAAAGGUGUAUGUUUUAGCUUAUAAGAAUUUCAUUUAGAGUGAUAAAAUCCAUCUGGAAUUUCUCCUGCACAGCCGUCACUGAAUGGGCAUUUAGUGUUCUUGUUUGACUCCCCCAAUGUGCAGAAGAGAUUUCUGAUGGAUUGUAUGUACCCUGGACUCCCCACCCCCCUUUCUUGUUUUUUCUUAUUUAAAGCAAUAUGAUUGUGUGACUCCUGGAAGUUACACAUUUGUUUCAAUCAAAUCAGAUUGUUGUAUUUAUUCCACUAUUUUGCAUUUAAAUGCUAACAUUAAAAGAUAUAAAAAAUUAAAACUGCUAUUUUUCUUAUAGAAGAGAAAAUGGGUGUUGGUGAUUGUAUUUUAAUUAUUUAAGCGUCUCUGUUUACCUGCCUAGGAAAACACUUUAUGGCAGUCUUAUUGUGCAAAGAUCGCAAAAGGGGAGGGGGGGACUGAAUUAAGCUGCUUAUUAUAAUCCAGGAGUUGCAUAAUAACCAGUAGUAAAAACACAAAUUUAAAAAAAAAUCUUGUCUAUAGCUGUAGAUGGGCUUCACAUCUGUAAAGCAAUCAACUGUAUAUUUUUGUGAUGUGUAUCAUACUGUGUGCUCCAACCAAUGUCCAUUUGUGUAAAUGUAUUUAUUUUAUAUUGUAUAUAUUGUUAAAUGCAAAAAGGAGAUAUGGUUCUGUAACUCCAAUCAGUUCCAAUGUGUAACUCAAAUUAUUAUGCCUUUCAGGAUGAUGGUAGAGCAAUAUUAAACAAGCUUCCACUUUUAAUUGCUUUUAA